AUGACUACAAAAGUAGCUAUUAACAAAAAGAUACCUGCUAGGUGGAGAAACUAUAACCCAUGUGGGGUACCCAUACAAGGAGAGAGGAUUAUUGCAUUUAAGACACCUUUGUCACGUCGAUGUGACAGUGAAAGUGAUCAAUACAAUGAAAUCAAACCACGUGAAAGGUUUACACCAAUGGAUCUGGUGAAUCAUCUCAGCCAAAAGCAUGUAAAACUUGGAAUGGUUGUGGACCUCACUAACACUGACAGAUAUUAUAAUCACAAGGAGUUCUCUGACCAAGGCAUACCUCAUCACAAGAUCAAAUGUGUUGGAACAGAAAUUCCAAAUGAAAAUGUGGUAACAAGGUUUAAGACUGAGGUCUGCAGCUUUUUGGAUAAGGAGAGUGACUCUGAUGCUGUUGUAGGGGUUCACUGUACUCAUGGUCUAAACAGGAGUGGUUACGUAGUUUGUAGAUAUCUUAUUGAAUGCAGAGGAUACACCUCUGAAGCGGCAAUCAAAGCAUUCAAUGAAGCUCGAGGACAUCAUAUGGAGCGUGAGAAUUACCUGAAGGAUCUCCGUGAAAAAAUCCCCAAAUUCGAUUUCACAUCUUUCGUUCGUGUUAGGGAUAACGGGAAACAGGACGAAAUUCAAUUUGACAGACCAAGACAUCUCUAUACCAACCCAAGAUAUGCCACAAGGAAGGACGCAUUUGAAGAGGACGUAACAAACUGGAGAUCUCCGAACCACGUCAGGGAGAAUACAAAUGGUUACAACAACUUCAGACCACGUUAUCAACAAGUCGAUCGUUAUCAAUCCACGAGCAACCCAACCCAACGUAGAAAUUAUCAACAAGUCGAUCGUUAUCAAUCCACAAGCAACCCAACCCAACGUAGACAUUAUCAACAAGUCGAUCGUUAUCAAUCCACAAGCAACCCAACCCAACGUAGACAUUAUCAACAAGUCGAUCGUUAUCAAUCCACAAGCAACCCAACCCAUAGAAGGGAGGUUUGGAAGGGAACGACACAGGGAAGAUAA